AUGUGCAACUACGCCAUUAUGUCCGUCAUGUUUUUGUCCGGCGUGGGGGCGCGCUACGAGCAAAUCAUCGCCAACACGGUCACGAACCUGGUGGGUACGGUGAUCGCCUGCGUGCUGGGUCUCUUUUGGGCCACGUUUCUGCUGCAGUGCAUCCCCAAGGACCCGAAAAACCACCAGCCCGACCUGGUCCACUUUGCGAUCGACGACCACUGGUCCGCUGUGGAGCGCGAGGACGGGCGGCCCCGACUGAUCCAAACCAUCCAGUUGCCCAAUUACCAGCUGCACCUGUGGCUCUUCGUGACCAUGUUCCUCGGGUCUCUGUUUCUGUUGGAACUCGCGAAGGAAUUCCGGUUCGGACGCCGGUACCGCAAGCCCAUCGCGGUGGUUAUCAGUGCCUGGACCAUGAUCCUGUUCGGUACCGUGCAGCGGCACUACGCGGACGAUCACGCCUUGCUCCACGGACACGAGAAGAACCGGAAGUUGCGGCAGCUGUAUGAGCACACGAAAAAACUGAAAAUCAGCAAACCAGCAAACCCUGCCGAGGAAAAUAACACUGGUACUAAUAAUUCCCCGCCCCGCACUCUCCGGGGUUUGCGUCCGCAAGCCGUUGGGGGAGCAGCUCCUGGUGCAGCUAAUCAGAAUAUUGGUUCAACAUCCUCGCCGUUGGCGCAGCCGACAUCCUCGCCCGGUGGAGGUUCAUCUUCUGGCACCAGCAUGAGCUACCGGGACUACCUGAAAGAACAUGAGAGCCUGGAUUUGAAGGCCCUGAUUAUUGACGUCCAGACGAAUUUGGACAAAGUGGGGCAGGAGCACGCUUCCUCCAUGUACGUGUCCGUGCUCCGCCGGUCGGCCGGAGUGGCGCUGGGGGUGCUGGCGGGGGUGCUGUUUUCCCUCUUGCUGCCCUACGUGUUCCCGAGGCACCUCAAGCUGCGCAAAGUCCGCGAGGACAUGCUGCAAAACACGCGCGACGCGGUCCGGGAGAGUUUCCUUCUCUUGUUGCAGGGCUUCCGCAAGUACCGAAAGGAACAGGAAUACCGACAAAAGUUGCUGGACGGGAUCUAUCUUGGAAGACCGGCAGCGCCAGCAAUUGCAAUUGCCGAUGGAGAUUUGAAAAGCAAAACGUCAAAAAAUAACGGCGAGGCUGGUUGUGACACGAGGGAAAAGAUGAGUGAGGAACAAGAGCAACAACCUCGAGGCGCUAGUGGCAAGAUCACGCCGUUUUCACUGGAGACGAUGAUUGAAGACGGAGCCAACGAUGAAACUGUCCACAUCAAAAUGAAUGAAGAAGAGCAGGGACAGGACCUCCGGGUAAGAACGUUGUUUCCGAAUACAACAGAGGUAAGCGCUAGUACCACUCGCGCUGGUGAAGUGACGUCUGCAGCACCUGUCGGUCGCGAUGAAGAUCUCAGUGUGGAGGACAUUCUUUCGCCCCCCUGCAAUGUUGACAUCAACGCGGGAUCAGGUGGACAGGAUGAGGAAAAAAAUGCGAAUGCCACGGCAGAUGACCGCACACUUUCUUCGGGUCUUCCGGUGGACCUUCAAAGUCAGCAGCGUGUGGCCAGCGUGGCGUUUUACGAACACUUUGAGAGUGAGAAGCCAGAGCACGCUCCACUCCUCGGGACCCCGCAGCGCCCCACCACCGCGGCGGCGUCUCCAGGCUAUUUGAACAGCACAGACGAUAUCGUCAACGGUGCAAAUGACGGACCUGGCAGCGCGCAGCGGUCUCAUCGUCUGCAGUUUGUCUCCGCCACCAACAAGGAUCAGAGGCUUUCACUUCUUGGGCAAGGUCAAGAUGAAGGUGAUGAAGGACAGGCGAGAGAAGAACCAUUACCCUCGACUAUGAAUGUGCAGCAUGCAGCAGGAGCGCAAUUCACAGUGGCCGCGCGUAAGUCUAAGUCCUCGUUCGAUGAGCACCAAUACCCACACCCCGACAUCAAGCUGCUGGACAACGGUACUAGUACGGGCGUCCAUCCAGAAGAAGAUGCCGGCCGGCUGACAUUGAUCCCAGCGUUGGAUGACUUUCAGACCCGCCGGAAGCGCAC